AUGGUGCAACCGCCGCGCGCCUUCGCGGGAGCCUCGCUGGCGUUGCCGGGCGAGCCGGCGAAGCCUGUUCCAUGCCGGGAAAUAUACGCUGCCCCUGGCGACUUCGCUCUCCCCGCGCUUCUUCCGCGCCUGCGUGGUGGGGCGCGCCGUGCCGGGAACCGGGGAGGAAGGCCGCUGGUUACGACCGCGGGCAAGGGCACAGCCUUCAGUGUCACAGCCACGGAUGCGGACUCUGGUUCUAAUGGUGAGUUCUACUACUUCCUGCGGUUCCGUUCGGACCUGUUCGCGGUCCACCCCAGCAGUGGCGUGCUGCUGCUGACCGCGCCACUGCCGGCGUCGCCACGGGAACACCAGCUGGAGGUGGGGGCGGUGGACCGCGGCAUGAAGCUCUACGGCAACAACGGGGUGAGCAGCACGGCACGCCGCCAUGCUGGCACCGAGACGCCAAGAACCAGCACAGCCCUCAUCACCACGGGUAACGCUUAAUGUCAAGUUCUGACCGGGUUGGUCGCCGUGGUGACCGUGACGGAUGAGGAUCGGGGCGUAAACGGACAGAUCGCAGACGUGACGCUGGUGGGCGGAGUCUCGGGCCCGCAGCUUCGUCUGGAGCGGCGGGGGGAGGGACCUGCGGGAGGGGCGGAGUUUGUGCUGCUGACGGGGGAGGGCAUGGAUUGGGCGUCGCCAGGGGGCGUGUCUGUGAUGCUGCAGGCUCGUGACCGUGGCGACCCACCCCGCUACUCUGCUCCACACACACUGAGGCUCCUCCCACCUCCCCCUGACCCUACGCCACCCCCGCUUCUGGCGCACGGUUACCAUUUUCACCGGGCCGGGUCACACUCGGGGGUCGUCUCCACGGUUACCUGGCUCACCGCUCUCGGCCAGGCGACGCUCACGCUGGAGGUCGCCGAGGAGACAAGUGGCCUGAAGGUCAAAGUUCACCUGACGCUGCUGGAUGAGAAUGACCACGCGCCCGUGUUUAGCCGGCAGGCGUAUCACGCCGUGGUCAACGAGAGCGUUCCCGUGGGAACCACGGUGCUAUUGCUCACGGCGACGGAUGCCGACCGCGGGGAGAACGGCUACAUCACCUACAGUCUGGAGGUGGAGCCCGCCGCGGAGCCCCAUUGGCCACCCUUCUCUGUCAAUCAGUUCUCGGGGGCGGUGCUGACCAGGCGCCGGCUGGACUCCCGGCAGAGGCGGGAGUUCCUGGCUGACGUGCUGGCCAGCAGGCGGGGUUGCCAGCUGCUGGUCCCGCCCCUCUGGCCCCAAGACACGCCCCUCUUCACUCUGGCAGCUCUCGACCCAGACCGCCUCACGCCACUCAAGUACAGCAUCCAAUCAGGAAACUCCGCCCGCCUCUUCAGCCUGCAACCCGACACCGGGCACCUCCUGCUGACCCGCCCCCUGCCAGCUGGCCACGCCUACAGCCUGCGCAUCACCGCUACCGACGGCGACCACGCUUCCGACCCCAUGAGUCUCAAUGUCACCACGGCAACCAGCGUCUCUGCCCCCAGCCUCAGCUGCCAGGACAUGCAGGUUGCCGAGCAACUGGCAGAGAAGCUGUCUCGCCCACGGGCAGGUGGGCGGGACUACCCACAGGGGGAGGGGCUCAUGGACCUGUUCUCAGCCAAUCGGCAUGCGCCACGCUUCUCGGAGGAUGUACCUGAGAAGGUGUGGGUUCCAGAGGACACGCCCACAGGAGCCAGCCUGCUGCAGCUACAGGUAACCGAUGAUGAUGCGGGUCUCAGUGGUCAGCUGUUGUAUUCCGUUGCCCAUGGCAACAGUGAUGGCUGUCUGACGGUGGGCAUGCGCAGUGGUGAGGUCACACUCUUCCAGCCACUGGACCGAGAGCGCACUGAACGUUACCAUGCCAACAUCAGUGUGUAUGACCAAGGCUCACCACGGCGAUCCACAUGGAAACUCAUCACCUUCAUCGUCACAGACGUCAACGACAACACCCCCCGCUUCCUGCAGCCUGACGGGUACCACACACACAUCCUGGAGAACACUCCAGUCGGCACAGAGGUGGUGCAGCUGGAAGCAGUGGAUGCGGAUGAGGGCUUGAACGCUGCAGUUCUCUACUCUCUCCUGACGGAGGCGCCCUUCGGGAUCAACGCCUCCUCUGGCCUCGUCUACGUUGCCGGGCAACUGGACCGCGAGACCACGCCCUCUUACACUCUGCGUGUGGAGGCGCGAGACUCCGCCCCUGAGCGCUCAGCGCAGCGCGUCGCUGUGACGACGCUGGAGGUGGAGCUUGGUGAUGUAAACGACGUUGCGCCGGUUCUGAUCCCGCCGCGUGUGUGUGUGCGCGUGCGUGAGGACACUCCCGUUGGAGCGCUGAUCGCCUGGCCGGACACACACGACCCCGACCUCGGCCCUGGCGGAACACUCACACACACACUCGCCAACGACUACAACGCCACCUUCACCAUCCACACACACACCGGGGCCAUACGCCUCAACAAGGAGCUGGACUACGAGAUGCAGCAGGUGUAUAACGUGACGGUGCGCGUGCAGGACGGGGGGGUGCCGGUGUCGCUGCUGACGGAGGGUUGGCUGGAGGUGGAGGUUCUUGAUGUGGGCCGAACUGCCAAGGCUCGAGUUCCCCCUCCCGCCCACUAA